UUGAAUGACGUUUCUCAUGUUUUUGUGUCGUGUGUGUUUCAUAGAAUACAUUUGUGUUAUUUUAACGUGUAAUUUUGAUAGAUAAAAGCAUUUAACAACCUGUGAUAGCUCAAAACAAAGUUUACAACGUGUCUCGUUGUUGUUUUGUCCGUAAUAGCAAAUGGUUCGCGAGUGAUUCUUUAUAUUUGUGGAAUCGACGGGUGAAUGAAACCGAUGUGAUAGUGCUCACAGAUUUAAUCAUAAAUACGGAAAAAAUGUACAAUCAGUGACAUUAUUUAACUCAAACCUGUUAUAAUGUUCAAACGCUUUGUUACAUUAGUGUUAUGUGCAAAAUAGUGUUAAAGAAAUGGGUGAUAGAUAUAAACAUCCCUUCAAAGUGAAAAGAACAUUAGUUUCUUGUGUUUUAUUAGAAAAAUGGAUGUGAUUACUGGAUUAUCCCCUCUCAGUCCGGGUUUCAUCGAAGAGUUGGACAUCGAGGCGUACAUGAGCUCGGUGGGAGAAGGCUGCUAUGCGCCCCAAACGAUCGACCCGCGCCGGACUGGGGGCCAUCAGCUCCCGGAAAGUCCCCCGGACUCCGGCUCGGAGAACCCCUACAGCCCAUCAGAGACACAAGUGCCCCACGCCAUCGCCGUCCCACAAACUGUCCUCAGCUCCGACUACAUGCUCGUCCACGAUCACCUCCCAACCCACGAGAUCCUUCAACAAAACGGCGACUACAUAUACGAGGAACUCAAAUCUGACAACAUAGACCUGAGGAACAACCUCAAUGAUGUAGUGGUUCUACCCCAAGAUUCCAACAUCGUGGAACUUGGUAUCAGAACUGUUAGACAUGAUUUGGGCCUUGGUGAUGUCUACUCAAAUAGAUAUACCCAGAUGAGAGUCGAUAUGCCCGAGUUGGAACAGGGCAUGAUCAACCCCCAACUGGUCGCGUUGGGUCAUGAGAACCUGACGCCGGUGUAUACCAGUCUUCAGGAACCGAGCAGCAAGAAGAGGAAGCAUUCGCAGGAUACAAACUCGCAAGUUAAAUGUGAGCCUGCAGCGCUAUCCCCCGAGAGCUUGCCUCACGCGCCUCGCCCCGCGCCCCCUUCCGUGGACGGCUCGGAGGCCGGUGACGACGCGCCCCUCCAGUGCAUCCGGUUCGGACCCUUCCAGCAGAACGUGUGGCACUCGCUCUAUGACUGCAAUUUGAAGCCGCUCCAACCCCCGUCCUACGUCGUCGGCGCCGACAAAGGCUUCAACUUCUCCCAAAUAGACGAAGCCUUCGUCUGCCAGAAGAAGAACCACUUCCAAGUGACCUGUCAGAUUCAGAUGCAGGGCGAUCCUCACUACGUCAAGACUGGGGAGGGGUUCAAGAAGAUUAAUAACUUCUGCUUGCACUUCUAUGGGGUCAAGGCUGAAGAUCCAAGUCAAGAAGUGAGAAUUGAACAAAGCCAAUCGGACAGAACAAAGAAACCCUUUCAUCCUGUACCAGUGGAACUCCGUCGCGAAGGUGCCAAGGUCACGGUCGGCAGGCUUCACUUCGCCGAGACCACGAACAACAACAUGAGGAAGAAGGGCCGUCCCAACCCCGACCAGAGGCACUUCCAGCUGGUCGUGGCGCUCAGGGCUCACGUCGGGCACACGGACUUUAUCAUAGCUGCCAGUGCGAGCGAUAGGAUUAUAGUUAGGGCAUCGAACCCUGGUCAGUUCGAAUCGGACUGCUCAGAGAGUUGGUGGCAGCGAGGCGUGUCCGAGAAUAGCGUCCACUUCAGCGGCCGCGUCGGGAUCAAUACGGACAGGCCGGACGAGUCCUGUGUCGUUAAUGGUAAUCUAAAAGUGAUGGGCCACAUCCUCCAUCCGUCGGACUCUCGCGCCAAACAUAACAUUGAAGAGUUAGACUCCGCGCAGCAGCUGAAGAAUGUGCAAAGUAUCAGAGUUGUCAAAUUCAACUACCACCCAUCAUUCGCGGAACACUCUGGGCUGCUGGGCUACGACCCCUCGCGCCCAACCCCACAGCUGGACACCGGCGUCAUCGCGCAGGAGGUCCGCCGCGUCAUACCCGAGGCGGUCAAGGAGGCUGGUGACGUCACACUGCCCAACGGAGACACGAUUAACAAGUUCUUAGUUGUCAAUAAGGACCGCAUCUUCAUGGAGAACCUCGGCGCCGUCAAGGAGCUGUGCAAGGUGACCGGGAAGCUGGAGUCCAGGAUCGACCAGCUCGAGAGGUUCAACAACAAACUGUGCAAGAUCAAUGUGUUACAGCGGCGAGAUAGUUCCAGGUCCAGCGCUAGUAACGAUUCCCGCUACUCAGCAAUGUCAAACUCAUCAAAAUCUCUGUACAGCGAUGGCAACAUUUCCAUAGACCAGAUAAGGGAUAUAGCGCGCAACAUUCGAAAGCACGAGUGCUGCCAUAAACUAAGCCACAACUCCCCGAAAUACACGCGAAAGCAGUGCAAAAACUGUCACGGGAACUACUCAAAAUACGGCAAAUAUUAUAACUAUAAUAAAACUUGUGUGAGGUAUCAUUCAAGUAAAUUGGAGAAAUCGGAAAAUGUCGAAAAUCCAACUUAUACAGAUUCGAAUAUUCAGAAAUAUCCCGAUGACAGUUUUGACAGCACUUUGACAAAGAAAAAAGACACUUGUCUAUGGCUGAAGAGUGACGAUAAUUUUACAUAUGGCAACUCUAAAUUGGGAUUCUGCUGUAGGAAAGACUACGGGGAUACCAGCAGCGAAUUGAUAUCGAAUAAGUUUUUGCAAAUCGUGAUUACGAUUUUAAUAUUUAUUAUGGCUGUUUGCCUCGUAGUCAUGUCAGCCCUAUACUUCCGAGAGCACCAGGAGUUGAUAUCGAUGAAGGAGAUCCGGCAACACGACAAGAUGACCUCUCCUCUGUACGGCAAACUUAACAAUGAACCCUACACACAUAGGACUCCACCCGACUUGAAUCAAAUACAGAACUUAAAAUCAUCUCAACACACAGCUUCAAAGAAAACACCUAAAGAGAAAGGCCCGCACAAAACGACCCAAGAGUACAUAACCACGGCGCCGACUGAGUCGCCACACACCAACCCCACGUCACCACAUCCCACCAAGAACUACGGCAGCAAUCUUAUCAACUCAGUAACGACUCUACAGUCCCUGCAGACCGAGAGGCCGAUAUCUGUGACUCGUAUCGUUGACGUCAUCGGCGGCGGAUGCUCCUUCGCCGUCAACACCAACAACGAGCUGGAUCCAGAGUGCCAGUCCCCCUGCGGCCUAGACCCCCCUCAGACCUACGACAACCAAGAACCGAUAGAAAGACCGAAACCGGACAAAGACAACAACGAGACCUUCACGAAACCUCUAGAGCCUCUAGCCAGAGACAAACAACCAAACAUACCGCCAUUACCAGAUAAAAAUAACACAGACACACAAAAAGAUAGACAGACAGACUCUGAUGAUAGAUUACGAAGCAACGACUCUUACAAACAGAACCAAGAUAUUAUAGCAGCUGAGUCCAAUCAUUUGUACGCGAAGAAUGCGACGGAGAAUGGAAGCAGGAUGAAAAGAGAGGUCCGAGGCAAGAGGGAGACAAGGGAAGAACUGAAAAGCAGUUCUGAGGAGAUGAUUCUGAAUGAGUCGCCUGAAAGUAUUGGGCCUUAUGAAUGCGACACAGUACGAGUGGGCAUAUCUAGCAAGUCGAUAAUAAACUCGUCGUUAUUCAGCGAGUACGUUUGUGCUAACGCCGUCCACAACUUCACUUAUACAGUGCCGCUGUCGCUCUGCCUCAGUCAUAAACAUGUGGAUUUGACUUUCAGAUCAUUAAAACUGAAAGAGUUCCGCCUCUGCGACCUCCAAUGUAACUACGACUCGUCCAAGUCCUGUCAGUCGAGCAAGGACCUGCCGAAGCCGGCCCUCACAGAUGACACCUACACCAUCAAGAUGGCGCUGGAGUGCAACGUCGAUAGGUACCUGAGGGUCCGCGCCAGCUUCCUGCCUCUCAAGAUGAUGUUCCCGAAUAAGGACCUUUGUUAUCCGAUGCAGGAGCACAAACAACCAUUCUUAGAAUACAACAUACGGAUAUACAGAGAUUGUCACAACUAAAUACAUAAAUACUAUAUACAUUCAUAUAUUAUAUGUACAACUUGCUGAUACAUGUUUAAAUAACUUUAAUAAUUGACUAUGAACUAUAUUUGACAGUUGUUAAUGUGAUGAAAUAGCUACGACUAACUUAUAGCCCUAUUUUCAGUUUCUCACAAAGUCUAACCACACUUAUAUUAUUGUUAUUAAUUGAGAACGCAUCCAUGUUUAUUUCUUUUGGUUGGUACAAUUGGGAUGAUGACUGAAAAUCAUCAUCAUUCCUAGUACUUUGGCCAUUAUAUUGGCAACAUUUAUUUUUUCCUCUUUUUAAACUACCCACGAUAAAAGAAGAAAACUCUUUAUUGUGGACAUUAUAAGUUCUUACGUUUUAUUCUCGCCGAAUCCAUCUAUAAAUGUAUUGCAGUCGAAAGCAACGGCCUAACAUCGGUUAAUUAAUGGUCACCUAUCUACAAAUCAACCGCAGCAAGCGUGACUUAACCUAUGUUCAAGCUAGUAUUGAAAUAUUAAACAUGUAUCAAUAAGAAAUAAAACUCAUAAAAAAUAAAUAAUUGAAGAUUCAU